GCAGGGUGACUCUGGGGCAUGUUGUGUGGGCAGCAGCGGCCCCAGGAGCCCAGCCCUGAUUCCCAGCAGGAGGCAUCGCCCUGCCCGGUCACUGAGGACCUUCCAGCCUCCCCAGGGCAGGAGGUGGAGGAUCCCUGUCCCACCACCAGCAGCUCGGCCCGCUCCCCAUGGGACAGCAGCAGUGCCUGGGACUCGGGCAGCAGCGAGGCUGAUGGGCGCCGCUGCUUUGUUCUAGGGACCGCCAGGGACUCAGGGGACGAGGAGGAGGAAUGGGUGGACGUGGCCACAGAGGAGGCUGCUCUCAAUAACAGCCGAGAGCAGCUCCAAGGCGGAGAAAAGGAGCUCAUUGAGGAGCUGCCUGAUAACUCUCCACCCGGCGCCGUCCUCGCUAACUCCCUGAUUGCUGUGGGCAACCUCAGCACCAUGACACCUGCCCUGGAGCCAGAGCUGGAGACCCACCUCCUCCGAGCUGCCCUGCACGCCGUCUUCACCCUGGGCAUGGAGAAGGACACCACCCAAGUGCAGGAUCUGCCUAGGGUCUUGCCAGACCUCCUGGACGCCAUGCUGGGGAACCUGCUGGCAGAGUCCCCAGACACCGACAGGCUCCAGUACAUCUUGGAGAACUCAGCGGAAUUCCCCAGGAUGGGUCACCACAUGGCACAGCUGGCUCUGUUCGUCGGUGACCCAGACGAGGACAUCAGCCGGCAGGCCAGGGAGGGGGUUUACCGGCUCUACCAGCUGCUGCUGCACCAGAGGGGUAAGGAACCCAGCUGGGAAAUAGCACCCGCUAGAAGAGUGAGACUGGGACCCCAGCCAAGUUCUCUCAGACUGACCCCGGCUGGAGGAUGAGUCUCUCUAUCUCUUUCUGUGUUCCACACCACGCCCUGCAAUUCUGUUGGGCCGGGCACGCAGCGAGGACUCUGCCCACUGUGCAGCCACCAAUGGGAUUGGAAGGACACAAGCCCUGCAACCAGAAGGACAAAUGUGUGUGUGUCUCUCUCCCUGUCACCUACUCCCUCCUGGGGGAAACCCAGCAGCUGAUGGGGGACAAGGUGAGCAGCUGCAUUAGACUCAGGAGAUUGGGGCGGGGCCCAGGCCUCAUUCCCAUCCUGUGGCCAUUCGCUGGCAUGGCACAAGUUGCCUGGUGGGGAAUGAAAGGGAGAGCAGAUGCUCCUGGGAAGGGAGAUGAAUUCACCUCCAUGAGCAGGAGCGAGCCAGCUUGUCCCCGGAGCAGCUCCACCCAGCUCUUUAGCCAGGCUAAUUAAUGACAAGCUUUGCCUCAUCCCAGACUUAUGUUCUUAGGACAGGGUGCUAUUGCUCUUGGGAAGGGCAGGAGAGUCCCCCAAGUGCCCUCUGCGAGACUCUCCUGUCCCACAGGGCUGCACCCAAUUCCUAGUGGUCUGGUGUCUGUGUCACCCGAGCCACCACCCAGAGUUGCUCCCAUCACUGGCAGCCUGGGAGGCCAAGGACUGACGGGUGAUGGCGUCUGACCAGGCAGGGCUGAGGCACAUGGGAAGGGGACGCUUGUCCUGCUGCUGGCAAGGCUGGACCCGUUCUGGAGAGAACAGGAGGAUUCAGUCAGCAGUAGGGUUACCAUGUCUAAUAAAUAAAAAAAGAGGACCCUCCACGGGCCCUGGCCCCGCC